AUGGCUCGUCGAAGGCAAGGUCAAACCAGGCUCACAGCUUUUGGAUUCUCGAGAUACAAGUUGCAUACCGAAAGUCGCAGUGCCAGACGUGGCCUUCAGCCUCGUGUCGAACAACGUAACAAUUCUCAACCCACAACACUCCUUCAAUACCGACUCACGGACUAUUCGUUCCAAUGCAAGGCUUCCAAGCCAUGCUAUAUCAAUAUGCUACCUGCCGAAUUGCUCAUGCGCAUCGUGGAGCCGUUACCUUUCGUAACAUCCCUAUGGACCCGCGUGCACGCGAAACCUUCACGCCUCCCGCGUCACGACGACGAAGCAGCUCUCACGGCGGAGGCAUCACCAUAUCUCUUCGAUUUCUACUCGGGGCAUGCUGGCCAUGCCAGAUGCAUCGCCGAAGCUCUGUUCCCUCACGGAUGUGUGCGCUUCUGCGAUUACAAACCUUGGGAUUAUCUGGAACUUCUGCUAGUCUGUAAACACUGGCGCUCAGUCAUCGAGGCUUCUCCGCACUUUUGGCGACAUGUUGUAGUCAACAACGAAUUGACAGUGGCCAAGUCGCUCCGUCUAUCAGGAGUGACUCCUCUGAAGGUCACCGUCGAUGGAUCCACGAAUUGGCCAUCACAGCGCGCGUUCUUGUCCGUCCUGGAAGAACUUCCCCGUAUUGGCGAGCUCAAAGUUGGCUUCGCCUCUCUCGACUCCGAGUGGCAGGAACGUACUGCUGCACAACUAUUUCACGCUCUCGUGUCACGCUCGGCGCCGUCGUUACGAGCAUUACAUUGGAAUGCCUACAACAAACAGGUUGUCCCGACUCAACAGUGGGCAGAGAAGGUCUUUCCUUCUCUCGAGACUAUCGCCAUGUACGACGUCGAUCUAAAGUCUCCUUGCUCGCUUCUUGUCCCGACACUCACACAGCUCACGCUAUCGCGUUGCUCACCUCCUUGGAGCACAGCAAGUGAGCUGCUUUCGCUGUUGAGUCGGAUGCCGAAGUUGGAGACUCUAUUCCUUUGGGAUCUUCCGGACAUACCAGACUUCGAAGAAGACCGAUUCCAGAUCCCGGAUACCCAUCACGCACCCAUCACUUUCCCCAAUCUCAACCUGCUCAAUCUUCAAGGUUCAUAUCGUUACGUCUGUCGACUAUUGCCUAUGUUGCAAGUCCCGCACAGUCUCUCCACAUUGAACUUGACCUACGCUCAUAGGGACUACGGGCUAGACCUCCCCAACGAGGCACGCAAGACGUACGCUUUUUUCAAUGUCUUAGGACAGGCCAUACCCGAUGACGAGGCUUUCCAUGAAAUGGAGUAUAAGAUCGACUUCGACUCGGGAGAACUGGAGAUAGCCAUAUCCGACGACACGCGAAGAUUCCACUGGAGACAUACAUGGGAUGUCGGAGAUAACAACCUCGCGGAGGAUAUCCUGCGCUUCCUGCAGAAUGUCUACGGCCCAUUUCAGACAAGAUAUUUCCUCACGGUUCUCCAUAUCACGGUCAUUGGGAGUUUCGACACCGUUCCUGGUGGUCGGCUCACCCCUCACGCGUGCUUCAAAUGGUUGAGAGAGCACACCAUAGCCAACUUACGCCUGGUGAACGAUGCCGCGGCCUACGUCAUACCAUGGAUGCGACGCUGCCUACACGACGACGGGAGCGCACAACUACCAUUCGCCGGCCUGCGUCUCAUCGGGAUAGCCGAGACUAGUCUCAUUAACGUCGUCGACGAGGACACCUUCGACGAGAGCGACAUCCUCUUCAAGCACCUCUGGUUGUAUCUCCACGACCAGAGGCCGAUGAUCCUGCUGAGCGACGUGGAUCUCACACAUCGGAUGGAGAAGUGCCUCUAUCGCAUGAUCGGUCCGUGGCUCCAGAUAGGCAGCGUCACUCACGUCGACGGCCCGCGCGUAAGGAUGGAGUACAUCCCUCAUGGCAAGUCCAAGCUGCAUAUCGCGGCCCCAUCUAGUACACAAGAGGUACUAAUUGAGACCCCGUACAACUCGUAA